UUUUGUUAUCUUAUCACUAAUCUGUUUCAUAUAAAGCAAACGACCUUACACUUCGAGGAAUAGACGGGUCUUUCGCUUAAAAAAAAUUCUUUUUUCGAGAGAAACAUUGCUUGCUUAGAUGGACAGACGGCAUUCCAUCGACGCGGAAUCUUUGCCGCCCAUCCCCGAAGAACAGCAAUGCGCCUCUUCUUCACCAAGAGACAUCGUCUCGCCAACAAUGUCUCGUCAUUCCACCACCACCACGCAUGACCUUCCUUCUCGUUCUUACUUUUCGUCUCAUGUUAAUUAUGAUCCUCAUACGGACACUCGAUACUCUGCUUCAAUCGAUUCAAUUCGUGCCCAGUCAGUUGCUUUAGGCGAUCUUUACAUGACAGAGGAUACCCAAAAUCGAGUAAGACGAGGCGACGGCUCUGCUGCUCCCUCUGAAGCAGAACCAGUAGUACCUGCGGUAACCUCCAAAGUCAGCAAUCUGUCAGCUUUGUUGAAACACCAAAAUGGUAGUCGUAACAAUGGCUCGCCACCUACAAAGCACUACCAGCAGCAACAACAGCAGCAGCAGCUACAACAACAACAACAAGACGAAGAGUCGAGACCAUUACUUGAGCAUGUCGAUACUGGUCGUACAACGUCCACACAAUAUCAUUCUAUAAGCGCCGUUGAUUCAAACGGAUAUAGUACACAAUACCCCUCACACCAUACCACGCAUUAUCAGCAGCAGCAACAGCACCACUAUCGAACACAGCAGCAACGUUCAUCUUCAUCGUGGCUACAUCGACGGUUACGUGCUGCUUUCUCCUCAUUACGUAGUGCAAAUGACGACAAGCAGAGUGGCAUGGCGCUCGUGAUGUACUUGAUCAAGAGACCGCUAGAAUGUAUACCAGCUGUCAUUCUGGGAUUAUUACUCAAUCUUUUGGACGCAAUUUCAUAUGGUAAAAAUGUGUGAAAAGAUCCACGGUUUUUAUGCCUCUUUAACGGAUAUCGUACCAGCAGCAGUAGUCGUAGAAAAAUCAUGCUUUUCUAAUCGUAGAAUGCGGUUUUAACGGUAAUUAGGCAUGAUUACGUUUCCGCUCAACAAUCCGAUUUUCGCAUCCUUCGGUCCGGAUGGCAUCUCGAUGUUUUUUGUCAGGUAUUUGAUCGGAUCUGUCACGUGGACUAGACUAAUUAGGAAACCGUACUCACACACUGUUCAGUUGCAUAAUUGCACAGAUUGUGUAUUCAUG